CGCGGCUACAAAGCGGCGGCGCGGCGCGGGGAGCAAGAGGCUCGGGCUGGUCCCGGCGCGGCGAGGCGAGGCGAGGCCGGGUCGGCGGGGAUGAGCGAGGUGAAGCUGGCGGUGCUGGGCAGCGAGGGAGCUGGCAAGUCGGCUCUGACCGUGAGGUUCCUCACCCGGCGCUUCAUUGGGGAAUACGCUUCCAAUUCUGAAUGCAUCUAUACUAAACACCUCUGUCUGGAUGGGAGACAAACACAUCUGGAAAUUUAUGACCCUUGUUCACAGCCCCGAAAAGGAAAGUUGUCCCUCACUAAUGAACUGCACUGGGCUGAUGGAUUUGUCAUAGUUUAUGACAUCAGUGACAGAACUUCAUUUGCAUUUGCAAAGGCAUUGCUGUACAGGAUACGAGAGUCUCAUCUAGGAGCCUUUAAAAAAGUGGUAGAGUCGCCCGUGUUCCUUGUUGGUAAUAAACAGGAUCUAUGUCAUAUGAGAGAAGUUGGCUGGAAUGAAGGACAAAAGCUGGCAAUGGAAAACAAAUGCCAGUUCUGUGAACUGUCUGCAGCAGAGCAUUAUCAGGAGGUGAUGACAAUGUUCACAAAAGCCCUGAGAAACAUUACCACAAACUUCAAAGCCAAAGAGAAGAGACGCUCGAGUGGGUCAAAGUCAAUGGCCAAAUUGAUCAACAGUGUGUUUGGGAAAAGGAGGAAGUCUGUGUAACUGAUAGCCAUAUGAGACAGUUUUAUGAGGCUACAAGAACACACUGAAGCACUGCAACAGUAGACCAGACACAGUGCUUUGAUUCAUCCAAUGUGUUUAAAAGGUCUCUAUAUGAAGGGAUGAUACGCGAUGGUACAAUCCAAAGAUAAGCAGCAAUGUAACUCAGUGAACAGGGUACUGUUGUAGGACUCAAGGCCUGGGUUUUAUUUCCAGCUCUCCCACUGAUGUGCUGUGGCACUAGUACAGCAACUUCACCUCUGAGCUACCGCUUCCAAUACUUUGUUUCAUCUGUAUACAUUAUGGGCUCUUGGCAGGAGGGGUUUCUCUUACUUUAUGUAGUGCUUAACAACACCAGUGCCUUCAUUUCAGCUGGAGCUUCUGGGUGGUUACCUGUCAGCUCUGUGUUCCUGAGGGAGCCCUGGCACCUAGCUUGCUGGACUUACAAAGGACUUUUUAAAUUCUGCAUUCCCCCCCCCCCCCAAUUUAUCA